GGCAACACAUAGCCUGCAGCCAAGUGGACAGCAAUGGCACUGAUAAGACCAAACGCGAAACGCAUCGCAUUUGCGGAAGUGAGCGCGCGGGUGGGGCCUCGGUGUGUGCCGUAGAGACGGUGACUACAGACGCCUAUAGGAUCCCGUGAAAUGAAGCGUUCUGUAUGACCCUACAAAGACCCGUGGAUUUUUUUAAGGCCGGACAUUAAAUGGCGCCGAUAUUUGGAAAUAACAGGGGUCACCGUGCGCAAUGUUGAAGGAGCGGCUGAAAUAAGCGUUUAUAUUUUCUAAUUGUCUAGCAGCGAGUGGGCUAACUAACACCAAGAGGAUUAAACCCUGUUACCAUCACACAACCGAUAUCUCAUGACUGGAGCAAUGUGAAACGCCGAUAUCGCUCAUUCCUUCAGUCUAUUGAGGAGGAAUAAUAAUGAACGACGCGCAAGAUAUGUCUCCCGAUUUUGUCUUGAUGCGCCUGGUCUCCGCGGCCGAGGAUGACCGCUUGGAUGAGGAGAAUGGGAAUUUGUCGUCGGGCAGCGCACUGACAGUGCAGGAGGUCUUGGCUCAUGGGGGUAUUAAGGGUAACUUUGAAUGCACGUCGAAUCAAAUGGCCCGACACGGACAUAUGAACAAAGCUCCGCAAGCAAGCGGACCGGAGGCACCUGACACUGGAGUGAUGGCGACCAGACCUGCGCUGUCUGUACCGCCUCCGCCGCUUCAUUCAGCCGAGGCCCACGGGUACGAUCUCACACACAGAGGGGGAAUGGGGCCUCAGCUGCUGGUCUUCAGAAACAUAUCGAGAGACUCUGAAGGAUUUGCUGAAAAUAAUUCAGAUGAUCAGCGCGCGGUCAGGGCUUUUGAGGACCGAGCGGCGCUCGCAUCCGAAUCUAGCGGCAGCAUCAAUAACAACAUGCUUGGCGCCGUGGACGCGCAGCAUCCUUCGGCGUGGACCCUGCAUCCACAGCUCAAAGCUACAAACAUGGAGGGAGCCGAGCUGUGUCACCGGCAUCGUCUGAUCACGGACAAAAAUGACUGGCCGCCGGUGGUGGAUAAAAGCAACCCCGUGUCGAUGACAGAGCCUGGCUGGAGCUGCACAGCGGCGCAGCGACAGCUCCAGCUUCCCGACGGUCCCGUAUUAGAGCUGGCGAGGAAAUUCGGGGAGCUGGGGGUCACUCCGGUAACCGAAUUUUUACUCAAAGACGGUGAGCUCCCGCACUGUUCGUGUCAAAGCGUCCUCGGUUCGGCGGUAGCUGGAAUCAGGCAAGGCGAGGACCCAACCGAGACCAGUGAUGCUCUGUUGGUGCUGGAGGGCCUCGGGUCAGAAGAGGUGAAAGGCCUGGGCAUCAAUACCUGUCAAAAGACUGAAUCACAGAAUGUUGGGGGACAGGGUGAAGUGGUGAACGCGAUGCCGGGUGCGUUUGCGCUCAAGUGUUUCCCAGCGGUGCAGGCCAUGGGGGUAUCCGGGGGACUUUGCGCGCCCGCGUGUAGUGAAUCACGGCUAUGUUGUUUGUUGCGAGAUUCGGUAAACACCACGGCUCAGGCUAAUACCGCUGACAAACGGACUCCCGAGCUUCUUUUACCACUGUCCGUUACAACCCAGGCUGAACCGAACCAGCACACUCCGUGUUCCAGCCAGGCGUCCACUCCAAAGGCCCGGCCGGACAGGAGCGCGUCCCGUGCGCAACUCUCCUGUGCGGUGGGCAGUGGAGAGAAGACGCUAAAGGUACCAGGGAAAUCCAGAAAGGGGUCACUUAAAAUCCGCCUGAGUAAACUUUUCAGAACUAAAAGUUGCAGUGGCUCUAACAAUAUUUUGGACAAGAGACCUUCGGUUACGUUCUCCAUAUCCUCAGCAGGCAGUUUAGUUGACAUGUCAGGUGCAAGCGGUACUGAACAAGACGCAGGGAGCCAACCUCGACUCACAAGGGCACAAAGUGCCUUUUCUGCAGCCUCUUUUACUCCUCUUUUCACAGGAGAGACUGUGUCUUUAGUUGAUGUGGACAUCUCACAGCGAGGGAGAAACUCUCCUCAUCCUCCCACUCCUCCACCUCCUCCUCGACGGAGCCUAAGUCUGCUAGACGAUAUAGGUGGGCCGCAACCUGGGCCCUUCCUAGUGAGCGUAAUGGGGGCAUCCCUGCACUCUCUCCCUCUGCCUCUUCCUCCUCCUCCCCCUCUCCACACUACCAUCCAGCAUAGUCUCAGCCUCAAUGAUGCUUUCUUCCGGGCACUUCCUCAUUCGGCCCCAUCACCAAUGGAGACACCCGCCCCUGCCAGAGUGGCCCCACCACCGAUUAUGUGUCCGCUGAGAGGGGCCGAUUCCAGUAGCUUCACUGCCAGCCUGAGAGAGCUGGAGCGGUGUGGCUGGUAUUGGGGGCCAAUGAACUGGGAGGAUGCUGAAAUGAAGCUGAGAGGAAAGCCAGAUGGCUCAUUUUUGGUGAGGGACAGUUCGGACCCACGGUACAUCCUCAGUCUCAGCUUUCGCUCGCAGGGAGUCACGCACCACACACGUAUGGAGCACUAUAGAGGAACCUUCAGUUUAUGGUGCCACCCUAAAUUUGAGGACCGCUGCCAUUCUGUGGUUGAAUUUAUCGAGCGAGCCAUCAUGCACUCUAAAAAUGGGAAAUUCCUCUACUUCUUGCGUUCACGUGUACCUGGGCUGCCUCCAACCCCUGUGCAGCUGCUCUAUCCAGUCUCACGCUUCAGCAAUGUGAAAUCACUCCAGCAUUUGUGCCGUUUCUGCAUCCGACAACUCGUCCGCAUAGACCACAUUCAGGAGUUGCCCCUUCCCAAACCGCUCAUUGUCUACCUGAGGAAGUUUUAUUACUAUGACCCAGAAGAAGAGACGUACCUGUCAAUCAAAGGCAUGCGCCAGGCAGCAGGUGUGGAACAGGAAGCCGAAUCUGAAACAUAGCCAGAUCUGUACCGGUUUUCACUGAUUUCUGUGUGGAUAAUAGAUGGAACAGCGCAUGGACACUUCCUGGUGCACAGCUCUGCUCCAACUCCCUGCCAGUCUUCCAGCAGCAGCCAAUCAACAUCAGCGGACUGGCCCCUCCUCUUUGACCGAACAUGGACAGAGGGAGUUCAGAGGAGUGCUGGAAUACUGUCUAUGUUGAGCAGACAAAUAAAUCCAGAGACUGAAAUGAUAGACAAAGGACUUGAAAACACUGGACAGCAUACAGUGGACUUAAAAAAUAAUAAGUUUAAACAAAAAUCGAUCAUGGACAUUUGAUUUGGGGUACUAGCAAAAGCCUUCAUCUGUGAGUUAUAUUACACUGGAGUUUUUAAAAUGGCCGGUUUGUGAAUCCGUCUCUGUUUUGUUCUUUCUUUCUUUUCCCAUCAGGCUCUUGUCGCUGGGUGGAGUGUGUGACCCCUUUAUUUGUCCUUUCUGUAAUUCCUUCAGUCUGACCAGGCCACAUGAACUGUAUUUUGAGUAAAAGACAAAGUAAACAUGAAAAUAAGUGGUGGCAUA